GUCCGACCACCGGAAACAGUAUUUCUCGUUCAGGAUCGAGAAGAUCAACGAGCUGAGCUUUCAAGUUAAUGUGUUAACUAAUACACAGAAGGGAGGAUGAGCAGCUCAGAGGAGGUCUCCUGGAUCUCCUGGUUCUGUGGCCUGAGAGGGAAUGAGUUCUUCUGCGAGGUCGAUGAAGAUUACAUUCAGGACAAGUUUAACCUGACCGGUUUGAAUGAGCAGGUGCCUCACUAUCGGCAGGCUUUGGACAUGAUCCUUGACCUGGAGCCAGAUGAGGAACUUGAAGAUAAUCCCAAUCAGAGUGAUCUGAUAGAGCAGGCAGCGGAGAUGCUCUACGGGCUGAUUCACGCACGUUACAUCCUCACCAACAGAGGCAUUGCACAGAUGCUGGAAAAGUAUCAACAAGGGGAUUUUGGUUAUUGCCCCAGAGUCUAUUGUGAGAAUCAGCCAAUGCUUCCUAUUGGAUUGUCAGACAUCCCUGGAGAAGCAAUGGUGAAACUUUAUUGUCCUAAGUGCAUGGAUGUUUACACCCCCAAAUCCUCCAGACAUCACCACACAGAUGGAGCCUACUUUGGUACAGGUUUCCCCCACAUGCUGUUCAUGGUGCAUCCGGAGUAUCGUCCAAAGCGACCAGCCAACCAGUUUGUGCCAAGGUUAUAUGGGUUCAAAAUCCACCCGAUGGCUUAUCAACUCCAACUUCAGGCUGCCUCAACCUUCAAAAGCCCCGUCAAGACGAUUCGCUAGAACUCUGCUUUGAUGAUAGAGUGAAUUCAAAGACUUUGUUUUCUAUAUGUUUGAAGCAGGGUUAUAUAUUUCCAGUGAAUGCCUGUACAGUUCCCCAAACUGACCUCCGUUUAUAGACACAAUCAGAUUCAGACAUUUCCUCUCAUUUAGUGGAUUAAGUUAGAUUUCUUGUAUUAAAUAGGUACAUUUCCCCAGAUGGUUGAUCUCCUGAUAGUUUUACUUUAAUUGAUGUCAAUACAUGUUAGAGUUGUCCCUCUGCGGCACAAAGUGGCUUUGACUUAGUGAUAAAGAAAGCUGCAGAUUGCUCUAUGGCAGCAGAGCAGAGGAUUGAAUGUAUCAGGAUUUGCCUUACCAGUGAAAGUCACACGGUUCUUUUUCAAGUCUACAUUAAAUUGCAUCAAACCAUAUUAAAUUUGUGAAGAAAUAAAUUAUGGAUUGUGCAUAAAAUUAAAUUCUGUUCAAAUUUAUUUUAUUAAAUCACUAAAAUAUUUGUCACUGUGAUCAGGUGCUAAGAAACAAAGUCGACCGAAUAAGAGGAAGAGAUCUAGAACAUGUUACAUUAAGACAAUGUCUGAUUUUGACCUUAUUAUAAAACAUGCAGUCUCAAUGAAUUUUAGUGGCAAUGCAAGUACUUAUUUAUAAGGAAACUACCAAUAUUCCUGAUAGUCCUGUAUGGUAGUUUCAUAUUCUAGCCAGAUGUGACACUUUUCACGAGUAUGUCGUUGAUUGAACACUCAUUAGCAACUUCUGUGGAAUACAAUAAAUAAGGGACCAACAUUAA